AAGCGUGGCUCAAAGCCGCGGGGGCUGUCCUGGCUUCCAUCGAUGGUGGAGCCCAUGGAUGUACCAUCCCGCGGGAUGUUUAGACCCUCGCGGACACUCUAUCCUGGCAGCAGGUUCGGGCCGAAGACCCGCUAUGACCUGCCUCAGCGGCACAAGGCCUAUGGCAAUGGGAGCGAGCUAGAAGCCAUCAUUUUCAAUGGCACUUCGCUCCAGCCGGAGGUGUGGGGGAGUCAUGGAGACCGGGCCGUGCCAAAGCUUGACAUCAGCGCCGGCCGUGGGAAUGGAGGUCGUGCAGACCGAGAUGGCCAAGCGGUAGAUAAGCCUCAUGUGCUCGCUGACACAGGUCGCUCUCUGUUGACCGAUCGCAAUCUUCCAGAGUUGCCACUCAUCAACGACCGGAACGAUGUGCAUGGUAUUGCCGUGCUGGGCGGCAAGUCAGCAGGUAAGACAUCGUUGAUUUGUUCUCUGCUGGCAGUCCAACACGGCAAGUAUCCUCACUCCCACGAAAAUCGGGAAAAGCUGCGGGAGAUGCCGGCCUACGGCAACUCCUGGGACUUGCCUGAACGUGAGAUUCGGUAUUUGUCCGGUGAGACCCGGCAGAUGAGGGUGGUAUUGACAGACACCCCGUCUUGUGGCACCACGCGGGAAGAACAGCCCCUGUGUUCUAGCAUUAGCCCAAACAGCGUGCUGCACUAUAGUGCUGUCCCCUCCUGGAUGCGCAUCAUUUUGCGGAGUGGUAACUUGCCGCAUUAUGCGGUCCUCUUUCUGAUUGAUGCAACUGCUCCUGCAGUGUGGGAGGAUCAUCAGCGUGGCAGGGAACUGGCUCGAUUAUUGGCGGUGCUGAAGCGGAGUCAGUACACAGUUGUCCUGGGGGUCACCAAACUCCUCAAGUUGCGAGAAGAUCGGCUGAAAGAGACUGCGUAUGGCGCGGAGCACAAUGGAGAGGUUGGGAAGGACCCAAGGAGCAGCUACGAGUCUUUUGCAUCGAGGUACAUCGACAAAGUCUGCGCGUGCAUUCAGGCCAAAGCGGGCGAGAACGAUUGGUCGUUCUCUGAUAGCCCAGAGGCUGUAAGCUUUCCGUUGCCGAACGUCAGCAUUUUCGAUGUGCCUACGUGGACGAGCAUCACAGAUCACCAGGCUUGGCAGGGCCGUAAAGGCACACCAGAGCUGCCCAACUUCAAGUACUUCAACGCACAGCUCAUGAGGCUGCUGCUUGCUCUGUGCAAACGCUCAAGUUCUGAGGCUGCCUGAAGAGCUCAAUCCAUCAAUUGAUGGACUUAGGGAAAACUAAGGCACAAUGUUCGGCAUGAUGUGCAA